ACGACUACUCACUACAGUGAUUUAUGCUGCUCCGUGUAUUGUACUCCUGUAGAAGAAAUAUUAUACACAGUAUGCGAACAAAUAUCAAAGAUAGUUCGAUAAGAACCCGAAAGGUUUCUGCGAUAUUAUUUGAUCUUGACAAUACAUUAAUAACUACCAGGAAAAGUGAUCAGCUGACGUGUGAAAAGGUUUCAGAAUACUUACAAGAAGAAUAUGAUGUACCAAAAUCAAAAGCUGAAGCAUACACACGUAUAUUUCUGAAGAAUUUCCAAUCUUGUCCAGAAAAUAGUGACAUGAGUCUUGACCAAUGGCGACUCUUUCUAUGGACCCAAGCACUUGGCUCUACAUAUGCACACAUAUCAGACAAUGUAUACAGGAUGUGGCUUCAAUUAAGAAUGACAUAUCUACUUCCUGGUGCUGAGAUCUGGGCUUUGCUGCAUAAACUUCAGUCUCAGUAUCAUUUAGGUUUGAUUACAAAUGGAACAUCUCGUGCUCAGUGGGAGAAGAUACAGGGAUUAGGUCUUCAAAACUGCUUUGACUGUAUAUUGGUAUCUGGAGAUCUGCCUUGGGAAAAACCGCAAAAAGCAAUAUUUUUAGAGGCAUGCAAACAGCUUCAGACAGAACCAGAACACUGUCUCAUGGUUGGUGACAAACUUGAAACUGACAUCUGUGGUGCACUGUUGGCUGAUAUUGGAACAACUGUAUGGGUUCCACUUACAGGACAACAAGAACUGGAUCCACGACCAGACUUCAUACUGAAUUCCAUACUUGAGCUGCCUGAAGCUUUGCAUAUGCUUUCUGGAUCAAAGGCAUUUUCCUACUCACACAGAUCAGUCCCUUCUCCUGACAUAAAAUCAGAAAGUAGUAAUGUAUGCAACAGCUUGAGCUAGCAUAAUGUACAAGUUUGAAAUUUCCUGCCUCAGUGUUGUGUGUAAAACCAAAUGUUUUUAUUAUGACUCUUGAGUGAAUAAUGAAUUUAGGAUUAAGCAAAAAUAACGUAAUUCAAGUGAAUACUUUUACAGGAAAACUAGUACAACAAGAAAGACAACUGUACACUCCAAACUGUGAAACUUGUCCUACUGCCAAAGGCUAAUGCCAAAUCCAUUAACUCCCUUGGUAAAUUCGUGAGAAUAUUAGGCCCUGCAGAAUUCUUACAUUUGAAGCAUACCUACUAAAUCACAUCACUCGUAUGAAAAUCUCACAAAUGAAGAUGAUAGCUGUACUGUGGGUGUGUUUCACACUGGACUUUACAAUCAGUUUUCACAGCAGCCAGCAACAUGCAGUGAUUGUUGUACACUGCAAAUAUUUGAUAUAUGUCCUGUUACGAUACAUUUUGCUAUUAAAAGCAAUUUAUAAAGUACAGUACCUGUACACUGGGGCUUUCACUGGAUAACGCACAUGUGUUUAGCACAGACUUAUGGUUUGUGAGCUUUAUCAUGCUGUAUGAUUAUGUGCAAUACAACCUACCUACUUAGUGUAGAUUAAACAACUUCAACAAUCUGCACUGAUGAAAGUUAGGUUCACAUCCAAUUGAUUUACCACCGCAAGUAAGAAAAUGUCAAUUAUCUUGACUACUCAUACACGUCUCAGACUGUAGAUCAGUGCUCCAGCCCUGAUACCAUGGAAUACAACAGAAUAAAUACGAAGUGGUUCUCUGUGCUUUGUCUUCUGUUAAAUCUCAAAUUUGUUAGCUGACCUUGUGACCUUGUUGACUCCAAGUUUACCUCCAUGCCAACAGUGAUGCCUGCAGGAAAGUGUAAAAGUUAUUUCUCACUCAUUUUUCACAAGUCUUUAGUAUACUGCUGUCAAUACUCUUAUAUUAUUUCCUUCUGUAUUUAGUGGAACACACUGUAUAGGGAAUACAAAUUUUAGCUUCCACAAAAAUAUCUUUUUAUAUUCAAAAUUUUUGUAGUCCUGUUAGCAACUAAUUAAACCUACAGUAGAAUGUAGUUUGGGUGAGAGACACAGUAACUCUGCCCUGUUAAAUGAGCUGAUGUUCUCAAAGCAUUGUAGUCUCUCUGUGUGCUGGAACUGUCAUACUCUAGAUGUUACAAAACAUACUCUGACCAAUCCUCACACUUAAUCAUUUGGGAAACAGUUCAGUUGGUACAUGCUGCCUCAUAAGGGCCUUCUAUUUGGUCAUAGGAAACAGGGUUGGAAGGUAAUGUGAAGAGUAAAGAAAGUGUUCAUUUGUGAAUGUCAACCACAAAACUGAAAAACUUCGAACAAGUUAAUGUGAUACAGAAAACUGUGGCAAUUGUUAAGUACCUAUUAUUCAAAACAAAUGUGGCCUUGUUAUUAGAAGAGGUGUAUGUUUCUAUACGCAUAAUUAAUGUACGAAUGGUUAACAAAAUAACUUGAUUCUUAGCAAACAUUCAUCAGUUCAAAUUUCUGUCCUGCUUCUGAAGAGCAUUAUAAAAUCUGGAUUUAUUUCCACGGGGUUGACACUGUUUCAUGCACUGAAGUUGUACCUGAGCCACACUUUGAAUAGCAGGCAGGGUGCUGAUAACCUCAGUACUUAGGGUCAUAAGUCCACAGAAACACAACUUUGGAUAGCAGCAUCAGUCAUACUUUAAAAUACUGCUUGUCACUAAAAUUGUGUGUACAUAGAGACAUAUGCUUCAUUUUUUUAGAGAAGCUUUUUUGGGCUUCAGAUAAUUGCCUUUAUAAGACAGCAUGUCAACUUAUUUGUUAAAAAGCAACAAUUUUGUGUGUGUUUUAAUUAUUUCAUCAUUUGAGGGAAAAAAAAUCACGGACCAUUUGUAAUUUCCUACUAGAAGACUGCAUGUGCCUUUAUUUAUACAAAAUGUUUGUAACAGAGUAAUAUGUUUGUUACUAAAUUUGUAUAAAUAUAUUUAUAUAUAUUAACUCUUUUAAAGGUGUUUUUAAUAAAUGAGAUACCAAAUUUAA